UCCCUGCCGCUUGUCAUCUCCCCUCUUUCGAUUUCCAGGCACGGCGCGGUGUCGUUUUGUUUUUUCCCCCAGUGGCGUAGCGUGGCGAGGCGAGGCGAGGCGGCUGCGUUUUCCUUCCCGCACGACUUUUUCUUUUUUCGUUAGGGAGGAGAAAAGAAGGAGCCCACCCACCACAAAAAACAACCCCAGAGUACACUCAGCCGUACCUUCGAACCGAAACGGAGCCAUACUCUCCAUCUAUCGUUAUCUCUCCCGCGGUUUGGUCUCCUCUUCGCCUGAGAAGAGAGAGAGAGAGAGGGAGAGAAAGGAAGGAAGGAAAAGAGAGGCUGGAUUUGUUUCGAAGAGGCGCCUCCUAUAGCCACUUACUUACUUCUCUUCUCGCGCGCGCUGCCCUUAUAUAAGACAUUUUCCCUUUCGCGUCCUGCCUCGUGGACUCCGAGCUUGAGCUUAUGAGGCUAAAAACGCCCAGUUGGGUGCAGUUUGGCGGCGGACUGGCGCUAACCGAACUUACUUUCCCCAGGGCUAACUGACCGAGCGCCAUUCUGUCAGCGGUCUCCAUAAGAAAAAGUGUGUGUCUGUUAAACCGUGUGGCCAGAAACGUCCGUAUCGAGCUGUUGUGAGUUUUGUUUCUGGAGUUGAGGUGUUUGUUUUCUCUUCUGAGAAAAAAGAUCGACUUGUUUAUUCUCCUCACGCCACCGUGUCGAAGGAGGGACGUUCCUUGGUUUAGACACUCGAAGGAAAGGACCGUUUUUUUCCACACUGAAGACUCAGGAGACUGGACGUACUUUCAUGCAGUGAAGAAGGAGGAGGAGGAGAAGAAGGAAGGUCCCGGGAGUUGCACGUUUCUCUGCGGUUCUCAAUGCCCCCUUCUCCCUGACAGGAAGGCCAUCAGAAAAGUUGCUGUGAGCUGAAGAAAGCCUGGGCUUCAAAGACGUGGUAACAUGCUCACCCAACCCAGCUUUUUUCAUCAGAGGUCUUUCCCCUAAUGGUCCUCUUCAACUUCCUGCAAGAAGACAGCAGAACUCUUCAUUCAUUUCUGCAGAACCUGAAAUCCGUUGAACCUGUUAGAAAUCUACUAUCCAUCAAAAGUAUCCCUCUUCUGUGAAGUUAAAUUUUGCGACAGGCCCACCCACAAAGUGUCAGAAGGAGUGGACUGAACCACAGCCAGGCAUACGAAAAUGGCCAACAACACUGCUGACCAUCUGCCGGGGAACUCUGUGGCCGAAGGCAACCAUGAUGGGGACUUUGGCUGCACAGUGAUGGAUCUUCGGGAGUUGAUGGAGCUUAGGAGUGCAGAGGCGGUCGGCAAGAUUAGAGACGUCCAUGGAGAUGUGCAGGGAAUCUGCCGCAGGCUGAAAACCUCCCCCAUUGAAGGGCUGUCUGGAAAUCCGGCAGACUUGGAAAAGCGCCACACAGCAUUCGGGAAGAACUUCAUUCCUCCUAAGAAGCCCAAGACCUUCCUGCAGCUGGUGUGGGAGGCGCUGCAGGAUGUCACCCUCAUCAUCUUGGAGAUAGCAGCCAUCAUCUCACUGGGCCUGUCUUUCUACCACCCACAAGGAAAUGACAGUAAUGCAUGUGGCCAGGUUGUUGGUGGUGUGGAGGAUGAAGGUGAGGCUCAGGCUGGCUGGAUUGAGGGCGCUGCCAUCCUGUUCUCAGUGAUCAUUGUGGUGCUGGUGACCGCCUUCAACGACUGGAGCAAAGAGAAGCAGUUCCGUGGGCUGCAGAGCCGCAUUGAGCAGGAACAAAAGUUCACCGUCAUCCGCAAGGGCCAGGUCAUCCAGAUACCCGUGGCUGAGAUUGUCGUUGGAGACAUUGCUCAGAUCAAAUAUGGUGACCUCCUUCCUGCUGACGGUAUUCUGAUCCAGGGCAAUGACCUGAAGAUUGAUGAAAGCUCACUCACUGGAGAGUCUGACCAGGUCAGGAAGUCCCUGGACAAAGACCCCAUGCUGCUGUCUGGAACACAUGUAAUGGAAGGUUCUGGGAGGAUGGUGGUAACUGCUGUGGGCCUGAAUUCCCAGACUGGAAUCAUUUUCACCCUUCUUGGAGCUGGUGGUGAAGAGGAGGAGAAGAAGGUGAAGAAGGGUAAAAAACAAGGAGCCAACGAAAAUCGCAACAAAGCUAAGACCCAGGAUGGCAUUGCCCUGGAGAUUCAACCGCUGAAGAGCGAAGAGGGGGCUGAGUCAGAGGAGAAAGAGGAGAAGGAGAAGGAGAUCAAGAAGGUCAACGUUACCAAGAAGGAGAAGUCAGUGCUGCAGGGCAAACUGACCAGGCUGGCUGUGCAGAUUGGGAAAGCAGGUCUAAUCAUGUCUGCCGUGACGGUCAUCAUCCUCAUCUUGUACUUUGUCAUCUAUACAUUUGGAGUGAACAAGCAAGAAUGGAAGGCAGAGUGCACACCCAUUUAUAUCCAGUACUUUGUCAAGUUCUUCAUCAUUGGUGUAACAGUGCUGGUGGUGGCUGUUCCUGAGGGGCUACCCCUUGCUGUGACCAUUUCUCUGGCCUAUUCUGUCAAGAAAAUGAUGAAAGACAACAACCUGGUUAGGCACCUGGAUGCCUGUGAGACUAUGGGCAAUGCUACUGCCAUCUGUUCUGACAAGACUGGCACGCUCACCAUGAACCGCAUGACCGUGGUGCAGGCCUACAUAGGUGACACACACUACAAGACUGUACCGGAGCCUGAAGCCAUCAACCCUGAGAUUUUGGAGCUCAUGGUGAACAGCAUCUCCAUCAACUCCGCAUAUACCACCAAGAUUCUGUCCCCUGAAAAGGAAGGUGGUCUACCAAGGCACGUGGGUAACAAGACAGAAUGUGCCCUUCUUGGGCUGGUGCUGGACCUGAAGAGAGACUACCAACCCAUUAGAGAUGAGGUUCCUGAGGAGAAACUCUACAAGGUCUACACCUUCAACUCCUCACGAAAGAGCAUGAGCACAGUUCUUAAAAAUGCAGACGGCUCGGGAUUCCGCAUGUACAGCAAGGGCGCCUCUGAGAUCAUCCUUCGAAAGUGUUCCCAUAUUUUGGAUGCUGCAGGCCAGCCCCGCGUCUUCAAGCCCAAGGACCGGGAUGAGAUGGUGCGUAAAGUAAUCGAGCCCAUGGCCUGUGAUGGCCUGAGGACCAUCUGUGUAGCUAAGAGGGAUUUCAUAGGUGAUGAACCUAACUGGGACAAUGAGGCAGACAUCCUUACUGACCUGACCUGCAUCUGUGUGGUGGGCAUUGAAGACCCUGUCCGUCCCGAGGUUCCUGAGGCCAUCGCUAAGUGUCAGAGAGCAGGUAUCACUGUGCGCAUGGUUACCGGUGACAAUAUUAACACUGCGCGAGCCAUUGCUACCAAGUGUGGCAUCCUGUUGCCUGGAGAAGACUUUCUCUGCCUGGAGGGCAAAGAGUUCAACCAACAAAUCCGCAACGACAAAGGAGAGGUGGAGCAAGAGCGUCUUGAUAAGGUUUGGCCCAAACUGCGUGUCCUGGCCCGUUCUUCUCCAACAGACAAGCACACUCUGGUAAAAGGCAUCAUUGACAGCACCGUAGGAGAGACCAGACAGGUGGUGGCAGUGACGGGAGAUGGAACCAACGAUGGCCCUGCUCUCAAAAAGGCUGAUGUUGGCUUUGCUAUGGGCAUUGCUGGGACAGAUGUGGCUAAGGAAGCCUCUGAUAUCAUCCUGACUGACGACAACUUCACCAGCAUUGUGAAAGCUGUGAUGUGGGGCCGUAAUGUGUAUGACAGCAUUUCCAAGUUUCUGCAGUUUCAGCUUACUGUCAACGUGGUGGCCGUUAUCGUUGCUUUCACUGGGGCCUGCAUCACACAGGACUCUCCACUAAAAGCAGUGCAGAUGCUCUGGGUGAAUCUGAUUAUGGACACGCUGGCCUCCCUGGCUCUGGCUACUGAGCCACCCACCGAGGCUUUGCUCUUGCGUAAACCCUAUGGCCGAGACAAGCCUCUAAUUUCCAGAACCAUGAUGAAGAACAUUCUGGGCCAUGCUGUCUACCAGCUAGUGGUCACGUUUACAUUGCUGUUUGCUGGGGAAAAGUUCUUCAACAUUGACAGUGGGCGUAACUCUCCUCUCCAUUCUCCCCCAUCUGAACACUACACCAUCAUCUUCAACGUCUUCGUCAUGAUGCAGCUCUUCAAUGAGAUCAAUGCCCGCAAAAUUCAUGGGGAGAGAAAUGUCUUUGAUGGCAUCUACCGUAACCCCAUCUUCUGCAGCGUUGUCCUAGGAACCUUUGCCCUGCAGAUCAUCAUCGUGCAGUUUGGAGGGAAGCCUUUCUCUUGCACAGCUCUAACCCUGGAUCAGUGGUUGUGGUGCAUUUUCAUUGGUGUUGGGGAACUGCUUUGGGGCCAGUUCAUCUCAGCCAUCCCCACGCACCGCCUCAAGUUCCUGAAGGAGGCAGGUCAUGGUAUCACAAAGGAAGAGAUCCAGCAAGAGGAGCAGACAGAGGACGUGGAUGAGAUUGACCAUGCUGAAAUGGAGCUGCGUCGGGGCCAGAUUCUGUGGUUCCGAGGCCUCAACCGCAUCCAGACUCAGAUGGACGUGGUUUAUACAUUCCAGUCGGGCCAAACGGCGGUCCCUGGUGCCCUGCGCCGCCAGCCCUCCGUGGUCAGCCAGCACAACGACGCAAAAACUGUUUCUAGCCCCACCCAUAUUAAGGUGGUCAACGCUUUCCGUAGCUCCCUGUACGAGGGCCUAGAGAAGCCAGAGUCUAGAAGCUCCAUCCAUAACUUCAUGUCCCACCCUGAGUUCACACCCCUGUCUGAGGAGGAAGUGCGGGUGCCCAUGAUCGAGGAGAGCAGUGUGGAGAUCGAGACACUUCCCUCUUCUUCCUCAUCCUCCUCCGCCUCUCCCAGUAAGGGCGGGGGAGGCCAGCCCCCAGGCAACCCCACCUCCCUUCUCCGCAGCCAUGAGUCCUCUGUCUGACCAGGGUCAGUCCACGUCUUCUUCAACCUGGUCUGCUCUUGCAAGCACCCACCCACUCCAACCCAACCCACCCCACCUCACCUACCAACCCCACCUGCCUUCCCAGUGCCCUAUUACCCUAUCUACCGGACGUCAGGGUCUGCCUACUUACACCAUAAAGGCAGAGACCCAGGACGGGCAACGGGUCAAAGUGACCCCCUCUCCUCUCCUGGCCCCCUGCAUCCCCCCUUUUUUCCUCCUCAUUGCACUGUGGUGUGUGGGCGCUUUGAAAGAAGCACACAUGCCGUCGCCCCAGGCCCGUGCCACAUGCACGGCCUAAACUCACCUAUAAGAGGGCGGCUAUUCUUCUCUCAGCCUGUCAUUGACAUUGUAUUUCUUUUGCAGGUUUGUUUGUUUCUUUUUUGACAUUUUUAUGCUAUCUCCAUGACUUGUGUCCCAGGACAUUUUCAUAAUGUUCUUUUUUUUUUUUUUUUUAAACUCUCAGACAUACAACUUGAAGCAUACAGUACAUAUGCAGUUAUGCUGUUCAUACAUGGUUUUAUUUCACUGACAUCUUCUGGAGGUUUGAAACACACGGGCGAUGUACAUCACUAUUUAGUAAUGUCUUUAUAACUUUUGCCCCGUAUUAUUAUUAUUAUUAUUAUUAUUAUUAUUAUUAUUGUUAUUUUUAAACUGCUACUUACAUGGAAUGUCUUAAGUGAUUCGAACACACUACAUUCUUGUCAUUUUUCAAAUACAUUCAGUCAUGUGUGAUGUUCUUGAGUGUAGCUCAUCCUUGGUUUGUCUCUUUUUAGUUUAUUAUUUUGGGUUUGCAUGUGUAGACCUACAGCUGCUGCAGUGAAAGCAGAGUGAAAGAGUUACCCCAAAAACAUAUUUGAUUUCAGCUGGUUAGGAAGAGCGCCCCCCUGUUUGGUGCAGAGAGGCGAGGUGGGCCAACCAUCAUCAUCUCAUCCCAUCACAUCCACUGGGUCUCUAGCCUCUUGUAGUAAAAAAAACAAAAACAGCAGCUCAUCCAACUGCCUCAAAAACAAAAGUUGUAAUCUAAUGCCCCUUAUUAAUUCAAGAUACAGCACGUCACCAUAGAAAUGCAUGUAACUUUCUGUAGUUUCACCUUUGUCUGACUUUAUGAGAAAUGGGGGUGUAUCUUUCGGGUAUAGUUCUUUUAUUUUUUAUUGGUUCACAAACAAAUUGCGUGUGGGGGUGGGUGUGCCUGCAUGUGUGUGUAUGCUUGUGAGUGUGUUUGUGUACCAUUUCAAAUUCUGCCAUUUGAGUCUUUCUUUUUUCUAGCUUUCAAAUCCUUUAGUGUUCAGCUUUAGACUGUACCCGAUGCUCUGCCUAAGGCAUGAUCAGUUGCAAAGUCGACAACAUGGGGAUCCAUGCUUGGCUCCACAGCCAGUCCUAAUACUCCUCCUGUAAGUGUUGGGCUGCAGCACAUAUUCCAGAUGCUUUUUAUGGUUUCAAAAAAGAGAAAAUAAAAACCAAACAAAAAAAUGCAUAAUUAACCAAUGAGUAUUAUGCAACCCAAAGCCUCAGUCGAGCCCUGUGAAUGGCCUGUUAGCAGAGCAGAAAGCCUGGAUUACAAAGCAUAGCUGCCAGCUUUCAAAAGAGCGUGGCAUGCAUGACAUGUGCUUUUAAUUACCAGAAUCGUAGUACUGCCAUAUUCCAGUCCUAUCUUCAUACCGAUCUAGGUUAAACAGAAUCCUCGAUAUACUCCUUUUUCUACUUGCUCAGAGCCAUAUUUUAUAGGUUGUUCUUUUAUAUCCCAUCCCCCCCCCCUCUACUUUAUUUUCUGUUUUUCUUUGCUUUAUAUUGUCAGACAAAAUCAAAGACACCAAGAGUCACUGCCUAAGAAAUAAAUAAAUAAAUAACUAAAAUAUAUAAAUAAAUAAAAAGAAGACGACGGACCACUUCUCUGUUUACAGAACAAAGGCUGCAGCGUUUAGAUGAAGCCGCACUUCCCCCUACUGGCAAUUUAUGGUGUGUGGGUUUUUUUUUCUUUUGCUUUGUUUUUUUUUUCACCCUUUCUAUUUCACUUUUAGUAAAAACAUGAGGUAUUACUGUGGGGAAGCAUGUAUGAAUUUCAUAUAAAGCUCAAUGUUCUGUUCUUUUUUUACAAUUGUUGUGUAUUUUUAUAUUAAGUAACUUUUUAAUAUUUUGGAAAUAUAUAAAUUAUAGGUGUAUAGGCUUGGAAAGUCUGGUGACGUAACAAAUUUAGUCUAGUAAGCCGUAGAGUACUUCUUUUUCUGGUUUUGUUUGUUUUUGGCAGUUAUGCUAACACUUAUGCCACGUUCAAAACCAGGCUAUGGCCGUGGAUAUGAGAAAGAGAACCUGACUUAUUGUUUACUGUAAAGCCAUGGGAUGGGUCAGGCACUAAGCUGAGACCGUUUUAAAUGUCUUCUUGCCUGACCACGUUCAGUGAACGUGUUGGCCUGGGGAAAAAAGGUAUAUGUGCAUUGGCAAAAUAAAAGCCUUUUAGAAUGUAGGCUUGUUAUAUCUCCACCAAACUGGAUACUUUAUAAAUGUUACAGAGACAAUUGCAUUGCUAUGCCUAGUUCUAAUUAAGGAUUUUGUAUGUUGUUUCAAGUGGAAAGGAAAUGAUUAGAAGGCAUAUUUUCAUCAAGUAUGUACAUUUACACUGUUCGUUGAAUCACAACAUAAUUUAUUUUUAUUUAGAUUUUUUUUCCCAAGUAUCAUGUUCCAUUAGAUGAUUUGAAACCUACUCUGUUGCAAUUAUUAGAUGCUGAUGUGUUUGUGUGUGUGUGUGUGUGUAAUAUAUAUGCACAUACACACAUACAUACAACAUACAUAUUCACAAAUAUGUGUGUGUACAUUUUUUUUUAAGUUUACUUCACGCAUGUACCAUGUGCUACAUUCAGUGUAGUUUCAAAGAGCAGUCAGUGGUUACCAAGCGAAGCUUUAAGAAAGUUCUGCCAAAGUGUUGUUUUUGUACAAACAUUAAUUUGUCAUUUUAAUAUUGUUCUUUCUCCAAGUUCAGUUCCCUUCAUAAAAAUGUUGGUGAUAAAACACUACUUUGCUCCCACACCUCAUAGUCCUAUUCAGAGUUCUUGGUCAGUCCCUAAAGAUGUUCAGGAGUACUUGUGAAAGGAACUCUUAAGCUCUUUUUUUUUUUCUCCCCUCUACAUCUUUUGGAUGUUCAGCAGCUGUACACUGAUGUGAAUCAACCAUUUGAAUUUAAAAUGUUAGUCCAGUUUAGCUUUGCAGGACAAUUUGGUAUUGCACAAGCCUGUCAUGUUGCGUAGUGUAAAAAAUUAAGAAGGUUAUGGAUGGUGUGCAAUAGCUUGAAUUUGACCGCAUUGCUACCCUAUUGAAAUUUGCUCAUAGCUCUUGUAUGGUUGGGAGUUCAGGAGUUGAUCCAUCACAAUUGUAAAUAAAAAAUUGCAUUUUGAAACUGGAAUAUUAGUCACAACCACCUAUUUUGCAUAUUUACAUAAGCGAAAUCAUGCAAACGUUGUAUUUAUGAGGAGGACAAAAAAGAAACAGAAAAACUCUGUACUUCAUAUGAAUACAGUAAUAAGCACUGGUGUUAUUUUUGUAUAAACAUAAUAUCAUCUAUGUGGCAUGCAUGACUUAUAAACAAAUUGGUGGUUCAAAGCAAUAUGUACAACCUGGUGUGAGUGGUAUUUCUAGUGUCCUGUGUUGCUUAAAAGAAAAAUCCUUUAACUGUU